AUGGCGACCUCCGAGGCUGGCGGAGAGCGGCCGUGGGAGUACCGCGGCGCGUGGGCGCUUGCGCCCAUGGUGCGAAUAAACACGCUGCCGUUCCGGCUCCUCUGCGCUGAGCACGGAGCUGACCUGCUCUACUCGGAGGAGCUGGUCGACAAGUCUGUGGCGGCGUGCCGCCGCUCCGUCUCCGCUCGCGGCGAGGCCGAGUACCGGCACGCCGACGGCAAGCUGAUCUUCUCGACGGUGCCGCACGAGCGCGUCGCGUUUCAGCUCGGCACCGCCUCUGGCCCGGACGCGCUCGCGGCGGCCAACGUGGUGGUGGAUGACGUCUGCGCGGUGGACGUCAACAUGGGCUGCCCGGUGAGGUUCUCGACACAGGGCGGGAUGGGCUCGUCCCUGCUCACCCAGCCCGAGCGGGUGCGCGACAUCCUGACCACACUCGUCCGCAGCCUCGGCGGCCGCCGCGCAGUGACGUGCAAGAUCCGGCUGCUCGAGGCGCCGCCGCCGCCGCCGCCGCCGCCUCUCACGCGCGCCAAUCGCCCCGUGACGCCCGCCCGCCCCGCCGCCCGCCAGACCACCGCCGCAACCCUCGACCUCACUCGGAUGAUUGCCUCGUGCGGCGUGGAUGCGCUCGCCGUCCACUGCCGGCGCGUGCCGGACCGGCCCCGGCACUGGGCGCAGUGGGACGCGCUGACUCGGAUCCGGCAGACGCUGCCGCCCUCGCUGCCGCUCCUGCUCAACGGCGACCUCUUCUCGCUCGACGACGCGCGCCGCGCGCUCGACGAGACCGGCGCGGACGGGCUGAUGCUGGCGCGUGGAGGGUACGUCUCCCUCGCAGAGUCCGUCUCCAACCACGUCGGAAACACAAAGUACGACCCUACCUGCCCAGCCGCACCGCACCGCGCCGCCGCCGCCGCCGCCGCCGCCGCUGACGGCCGCCGACCGCCGACCGCCGACAACCGACCGCCGACCGCCGUCCGGCACAGCGUGUGGAUGCGUGGUAUGAAGGAAUGA